AUGGACCUUGGCUUCAACGGCCCCACUCGAGUGCCCGCAGCGUGCCGAAUCCGAUGCCCGCCAGCGGUGCCGUCCGCACUGGGCACAUCGACACCGCGGAGGGCUCCCUUGUUGUCCUCGCGCAUGCAGUACCGCAGCAGGCCCGUGUCAGUCGCCGUUGACCCCGUCUCGCUCGUCAUCUCCGAAUGCAUCGCCAUCACUUCGGCCAUCCAGAAAUACGCUCGCUCGCCCCACUCUUCGGUUUCCGCGAUCCUCGGCGGGAGUCCGAACCUCAUUCAACUGGUACCGCCCGCUCCAGGUGGUAGUGGGGUUGGUGCUCGCCGGAGCCGGAAGCCCGGGGCUGAUGGUUCAGGCGGUACUGAUGCGGCCGGCAGUGGUGAUUUGGCGGCGGCGAAUCGAUGGGGGUUGCGUGGGAAAAAAGGGAAGAGCAUGCAGGAUAACCCGUUGAUUUCGGGGUUCGGGAGAUUGCGCCAGGAGUUGGCGGGCGUGAAAGACAUACACCGAUUCGAUUCUCUCGUACUCCUCUACCCGUUUCUUCAGAUCAUCCAAGCUAAGGGCACUGCCGCCCCUGUCACGAUCCUGGCGCUGCGGGCGAUACAAAAGUUCCUAGCCUACGGCUUUGUAGCCCCUGCGUCUCCCCGCUUCGCCCUCGCCAUGCAAUCGCUCUCCGCAGCCAUCACGCACUGCCAGUUCGACAUCAGCGACCCGGCACAAGAGGAGGUGGUGCUGCUCAUGAUCCUGCACCUAAUGGAAGACAUGCUGUCUGGGCCUGGUGGGGAUAUUCUUAGCGACGAGAGCGUGUGCGACAUGAUGGGCCGUGGGCUAACGAUAUGUUCGCGCCCGCGGUUUUCCGAGGUGUUGCGCCGAACUGCGGAGGCAUCCAUGGUGCGCAUGGUGCAGAUCAUCUUUGAGGAUUUGAAGCACCUUGAAGAGGAGGCUGGCGAGGAGAGCGAGGCGCUAGAUCGCCAGACAAGCAGGGAUAUGGAUAGCGUCAGUAUGGAUCCCGCUGCGAAUGGGACGGAUGUUCCGAUUGGGGAGCCAGCAGCGGUGGAGGGAGAGUCGGAAACACCCACCAAGACACUUACUGGGGCGGCUGACGAGACGGCCGAGUCUCGUGCCGAGGCGGGUUCCGGCGCGGAGGCUCCAGAAAAGGACCUUACGGAGCCUUCGGCGGACCCUCGCCCAUCCACAAGCUCCGACCAGAAUGGUAGCGUCUCGGAGGCCCCUGGGAGUCCCGACCCGGGCGCCGGAAGGCCCAGCAUUAGUUCGGCCACCGAAAGCAUCACGUCAGUCGACCUGCGCCCUUACUCGCUGCCAUCUAUCCGUGAACUCUUCCGGGUGCUUGUGAACUUUCUCGACCCCCACGACCGUAAACACCCCGACCAGAUGAGGGUUAUGGCCCUACGCAUUAUCCACGUUGCGCUGGAAGUCGCGGGCCCAUCGAUUGCUCGGCAUCCUGCCCUCGCUGCCAUUGCGGAGGACCAGUUGUGCUGCUACCUGUUCCAACUCGUCAGGUCCGACAACAUGGCUAUUUUGCAAGAGGCCUUGAUCGUGGCGGGUACGCUGCUUUCGACGUGUCGUGGUGUUCUCAAACUGCAACAGGAGUUGUACCUCUCGUAUCUUGUGGCGUGCCUCCAUCCAGCGGUGGAGAUUCCGCGGGAGCCCGGGAUUGAUCCAAGUCUUUACUCUGGUAUCCCGCAGUCCCCCAAGUUAGUCAAGCCGUCGUCAUCGCAAGCUGGUAGUGGCCGUUCGACUCCCGUGCCUGUCAAAGACCGUCAAAAGCUAGGCCUCGAGGGCGGUGCUCGCAAGCCAGACGCUAGACAGGCCAUGGUAGAAAACAUCGGCGUGCUGGCGCGGAUGCCAACCUUCAUGGUGGAGCUGUUUGUCAACUACGACUGCGACGAAAACAGGGCCGAUCUCUGCGAGGAUUUGGUUGGGCUGCUAUCUAGGAACGCCUUGCCCGAUUCUGCCACCUGGAGCACGACGAGCGUCCCGCCUCUAUGCCUGGACGCCCUGCUACGCUUCAUCCAGUUCAUUGCCGAAAGGCUGGACCAAACACCCGAGACGGAAGGGUACCCCGACCCGGAGGUGUUGAGGGAGAGGCGGCGUAGAAAGAAGCUCAUCAUUAAGGGCACGACCAAAUUCAACGAGAGCCCCAAAGGCGGACUGGCGUACCUCCAAGAGAAGGGUGUGAUUGAGAGCGUCUCAGAUCCGUUAUGUGUUGCAACGUUCUUGCAGGGGACGUCGAGAGUGAACAAGAAGAUGCUCGGCGAGUUUUUGUCGAAGAAGGGCAAUGAGGCCAUUUUAGAUGCGUUCAUGAACCAGUUCGACUUUACGGGCAAACGAGUGGACGAGGCGCUCCGGCUCAUGCUGGAAACCUUCCGGCUGCCUGGUGAAUCGAUUCUCAUCGAGCGCAUCGUCAACUCAUUCACGGAGAAGUACUGCACCAGCUCGGUCCCGAAGGAGGUCGCCAACAAGGACGCUGUCUUUAUCCUUACGUAUGCCAUCAUCCUGCUCAAUACCGACCAACACACCCCCACGCUCAAGAAUCGGUCGCGCAUGACGUUUGAGGACUUCUCGCGCAACUUGCGAGGGCAAAAUGAUGGGCAGGACUUUUCGCCCGAGUACUUGCAGGACAUCUUCGACACCAUCCGCACCAACGAGAUUAUCCUGCCGGACGAGCACGACAACAAGCACGCGUUCGACUACGCCUGGAAGGAGUUGCUGCUCAAAACGGACGAGGCGGGUCCCCUUGUUCUGUGCGACACCAGCAUUUAUGAUGCUGAUAUGUUUGCCACGACGUGGAAUGCCAUCGUCUCGUGCCUGUUCUUUGUGUUCAUGUCGGCUACCGACGACACCGUCUAUGCGCGUGUCAUCACUGGGUUUGACGAGUGCGCCCGCAUCGCGACCAAGUAUGGCAACUCGGAGGCUCUUGAUGAGAUUGUGUACCGCCUGAGCUACAUCUCGACGUUGGGUAGUGAGGCCUUGGCUAAUACCUCGCUCAACACGGAGGUACAGGUCGGCGAUAACAGCGUCAUGGUUAGUGAGUUGGCGGUGCGAUUCGGACGGGAUGUCCGACCGCAACUGGCGACAUUGGUUCUGUUCCGUGUCGUUACCGGCUCGGAGCAUGUUAUCCGGAAGAGUUGGAAGCAUGUCAUCCGCAUCUGGCUCAACCUCUUCGUGAACUCACUGAUUCCCCCGUUCUUCUCUACCGAAGCGGACAAGCUCGCUCUACCGACUAUCCCGUUGCAGCCGCCGUCGCAGGUGAUUGACCGGGCCUCCAAGCAAAGCGAGGCCGGUUUCUUCUCAGCGUUUACGUCGUACAUCUCGAGCUAUGCCGCCGAUGACCCGCCCGAGCCGUCGGACGAGGAGCUCGAAAGCACGCUGUGCACCGUGGACUGCGUAAACCAGUGCCACAUGGGCGAUGUAUUUGCCAAUGUUGCCCACAGCCUCGAGGCCCUAGUCGACACCCUUCUGGACCAAAUCCCAGAAGAUAACGGCCAGACCGUCAUCACAGUCAAAACGGAGAAUAUCCCCCCGUCCCAACCCAACGGGCAAAAGCCUCGGCAAAACACCGCGCUUUACGACCCAGCUUUGGUUUACAUUUUAGAAUUUUGCACCGUCUUAGCCCUCCGGGACGAUAGCACGGUCGAACUUCUUGGGAAACGCGUCGUCGAGGCGAUUCAGACUAUUCUGAGGGAUGUGCCCCGGUACCACCCGAUUCUGAUCGAGCGGGCGACUUUCUACAUGUUCAACUUGCUCCACGCCAGCUACGACCAUGACCACGUCCGCGUGCCCAUCCUGCUCCACACAGUCUCCAGCUUUCCAAGCGACACUCUUGUCACAGCCUCUGGGCUAGUCUUGCGUGGUCUCAAGCUGUGCACGGAAAAGCCGUGUCCAUUACGCAAUGAGAUCAUGACCUCGCCUGACUUCUGGGUGAUUCUACAGACCCUAGCGGCCAACGGGGACGCGGCGCCUGCAGUGUUUGAGAUUCUGCAGAACGGGGUGUCGGAGACACCGUCAGCGAUCAUGGCGGAUAACUACGAGGCGGCGCUCGCGCUUCUGAAUGAGUUUGCAUCUAUGGCGAGUAUUGGAGCCGUGACCGAGCAGCAGAAUGAUCGGAAACAGGGGCGGAAGAGCGGGCGGGUCGGUAAGCACGACAAACCUAGCGAAAACGCCGUGGUUGAGCGUGGUGUCAAGGCGCUCAACAACAUUUACCGCAUGACAGAGCGCAUCCCCCACCUAAUGAAGCAAUCUCACCUGGAGAGCAGUGAGGCCUGGUCAGCUUACUGGCUACCGGUUUUCCGGGCACUCACAACCCAAUGCACCAACCCGUGCCGCGAGAUCCGCCACCUAGCAUUCAGCUCGCUGCAACGGUCUCUCCUUCUGCCAGAGCUCAUGACGACAUCGUCGUCGUCCACGACCAUCACCCCUGCUACUCGCACCGGUGAGGAUACUCGCGGCGAGAGGCAGAGAGAAGACAGGGCGGAAUGGACAGCAAUUUUUGGCGAGGUCCUGUUCCCGCUGAUUUUGCGGCUGCUGAAACCGGAAGUGUUUUCAUCGGACCGUGACGGGAUGAGCGAGACGCGCGUGCAAGCCGCGUCGUUGUUGUCCAAGGUGUUUUUGCAGUACUUGGUUGCACUGUCGGAGUGGGACGGCAUGCUGGACCUGUGGGUUAAGAUUAUUGAGAUCAUGGACCGGUUAAUGAACAGCGGUCAGGGUGAUAGUUUGGAGGAGGCCGUACCGGAGAACCUCAAAAAUGUUCUACUCAUCAUGUCAAGCAACGGGUACCUCGUACCGCCGAGCAAGAACCCGUCGCGCAAGGAACUGUGGGACGAGACAUGGAAGCGGAUUGACCGGUUCCUGCCCAGCCUGAGGGCGGAUUUAGCACUCGAGGAGGAUGAGCCUGUAGCUGAAGCCACGGCGUCUCCUCCCCAAUCCGCUGAGAUACCCCCUGCCCCAGCUAGUGAAGCAGCGACUGAGGGAGUUGCGGCCGUUCCCGAAGGGGAGGCAGUAACGGAAGACAAGGCGGUUAUUGGUGAUGUUUGA